CCAAAAAUGGCUGCCAUGUACGUGCAUUCCCAAUAAUAGAAAAGCGUAAACAGUCAGAUAUUCGUCGCAGAUAAACAGUUUCGUGUAGUUGUUCCGCGACCAUGGCUGUUCGGAAGAGUAAACCUUUUUUGAUAUGGAUAAAAUAAACAAACAAAUUCAAAACUAUCAUAAAGCACAGACAUACGCACCGAAUCAACAAAAAACUCACACCAAAAACACCAUUAAAGUUAGCAGUCAUAACAGCAGAAUGCCAGCACCCACCUAUAAAGGAAAUUUUAGUAACACUAGCAAUGGAUCUUAUGGAGGAUUCCAUAAAGAAUGGAGGCCAACCACACUGGGCCAACUACCCAAGUCCCAGAAGAAUAAGAAACACAUGAAGUUCAUUGAAGAUCUCCCGAGAGUCAGCGAUGAAUACGGCUUUUACGCAUGGGAGAAAGUAAAACAGGAUAACGAGAACAAAGAAUUUAUGUCCGAGUUGGAACGAAAUAAGAAAAACAGCAGAGCUUCUGGUCUUUUGGACGAAGAAAAGGGAUGGGCCAAUACACAGAAGAGAAAGGAAUCCUUCUUACCACCAAUUAACAAUAAUAAAAGGGACUCCUUUAAAACCAAUGCCAGUUUCAGUGUCACUACGGGCCCCAUUGAUCAGAGUUUCAGACUCCCUGAUAUUAAACAUAUUAAUAUCCAGUUAACAUUGGCUGACGACAGACAAGUAACAAUAAGGGCAGAUCCCAACAAAGCCCAUUUUACGUAGAAGAUCAAAUCAUGGUUAAUAUGGAAUAUUGCAUCUAGGAUGUAGGAUAUCUAGGAUAUUGAUGUGAUGAUGAUAUUGAUGAUGAUAGUGAUGAGUGAAAUGAUAUGAAAGGAUAAUGUUCUGGACUCAAUGAUAUUUGUGAUGUUCUUGUAUGGGAUUUAAAGGCUUGCAUAAAAGAAACAAGGUCACAUUUUCCCUUAUAUUAAAGACUACCUUUAUCAACCGUGCUUAGUUGUCUGUUAAAGCUCGGCCAUGUUGAGCCCUGAUUGGCCGAGUGUAAUACAGGUCUAGCUGUAUGAACAAACAGUAUUGAAUAGUAUGGCUGUGAUUUUAGAAAUUGUAAGAUAAGAUUCAAAAGGAUAAUUACUUCAUCCUGGGAAAUCUGAAAUCAAGUAUACUGUAUGCAACUAGUACAUUCUGUCCUUUGAACCAAUCAAAACAUUAAACUGGUGGGUAUAGCCAUCCAUGAAAAUCAGUGUUGUUUGCAGAAAACUAUGCCACACUUAGCUUGUAUAUCUCAGCAACAUUUUGCUUUGUGAUGAAAAAAUGCCACAUGGACUCCAAUACUGAUCGAAUAAUGUCAGAAAACAACUGGGAUGUUAACCAUUUAAUCAAAUAAGAAACAAAACAUGACCAAAAUAUUGUGUAUAUAAGUAGUUGCUUGGACAUGGUAAUACUACAUUAAUACAAGUAGGGAUAGUUGAGAUUAUUUUUAUAUUCUGAUAUAAACUGUAGAGACUUUACAUAUGAUAUAUUCAUUGAAUGAUACAAUACAGUCUACACACAGUCCACAUAAAAAUAACCUCUGAGGUAAAUGGUCUAGGGAAAUAAAUGGAGGGUCAUCAAGCAUUUUUUGUG